GGCGCGGGGCGGCCAUGGCGGUGCUGCUGGAGACCACGCUGGGCGACCUGGUCAUCGACCUGUACACGGAGGAGCGGCCGCGCGCUUGCCUAAAUUUUCUGAAGCUCUGCAAAAUCAAGUAUUACAACUAUUGCCUUAUUUAUAAUGUACAGAAAGAUUUUAUUAUACAAACCGGUGACCCCAUGGGAACUGGCCGUGGAGGGGAGUCUGUGUUUUGUAAACUAUAUGGUGACCAAGCUAGAUUUUUUGAGGCGGAAAAAGUGCCAAGAAUCAAGCACAAGAAAAAGGGAACCGUGUCCAUGGUGAACAAUGGCAAUGAUGAGCAUGGAUCACAGUUUCUUAUUACUACCGGGGAAAACCUGGAUUAUCUUGACGGUGUGCAUACAGUGUUUGGAGAGGUCACAGAAGGCAUGGAUGUAUUGAAGACAAUUAAUGAAGCCUUUGUGGAUAAGGACUUUUUCCCAUAUCAAGAUAUCAGGAUAACGCAUACAGUAAUUUUAGAUGAUCCGUUUGAAGAUCCACCUGGCUURUCUAUUCCUGAUCGUUCACCAGAACCUACCAAGGAACAGCUGGAUAGUGGCAGAAUAGGGGCAGAUGAAGAAAUCGAUGACUUAAAAGGACGGACUGCCGAUGAAAUAGAAGAAUUGCAGGCAGAAAAAGAGGCAAAAACUCGUGCCAUUCUUCUGGAAAUGGUGGGAGACCUGCCAGAUGCAGAGAUUAAGCCACCUGAAAAUGUGCUCUUUGUUUGUAAACUGAAUCCUGUGACCACAGAUGAGGACCUGGAGAUAAUAUUUUCACGAUUUGGUCCCAUUAAAAGCUGUGAAGUGAUUCGAGACUGGAAGACUGGUGAUUCUCUUUGUUAUGCUUUCAUUGAGUUUGAAAAGGAGGAAGAUUGCGAGAAAGCCUACUUCAAAAUGGAUAAUGUGCUCAUAGACGACAGGCGGAUACAUGUGGAUUUUAGCCAGUCUGUGGCAAAGAUUAAGUGGAAAGGAAAAGGUGGGCGGUACACCAAAGAAGAUUUCAAAGAGUUUGAAAAGGACCGUGGCAAACCUUCAAAACUUGCUCUGAAAGAGAAGGUAAAGCCAAAGCAAGAUGCCAAGUACGACCUCUUGCUGAACGAGGAAGUGGAAGAAUCUGAAACAAGUCAUUCGCACUCGGCUAAAAAGCAAAAGAAGAAAAAGCACCACCACUCUGAAGAUGAAGAGGAUGACAAGAGGACCAGAAAAUCUAAGGAUCCAGAUCGCAAACACGAAGGAGAGCGCUGCAAAGAGAGGAAGAGGAGUGAGAGGAAGGACAGGCACCGCAGCCGCAGCCGGUCCCCGGAGAGGCACCACUCUUCCAGCAGACACAAGGACAGAUACAAGGACGACUGCCGAGACAGAGACUGGGAUAAAAAGGCAGACAGGAGCAGAAGUCCCAAGAAGUCAAAAGACAAAGAGAGGUCCCGGUACAGCUGAAAGAGGCUGGAGAGAGACAUUACAGCAGCRCUUCUCUCUGCGUUCC